UGUAAAGAUCAACGUUCACCUGAAAGUAUUUCCGGUUUACUGAUUUGUCAAAAUUUUAAAGUUUAUCUUAAAAAUAGGGUUAAAACCGAAGAAAAAUGUUCUAGUUCGACUUUCCUUCAAGACGGUCCUAAAGUAUGUCUUGGCCAGGGAGACUUGAAACGGCGCUUAGCGUCAUUUUACGCGUCCCACCCCUGUUUCUACUAGACAGUGUUUUGAACAAGUCGUUCCUGGCCUUUUUGUUUCCGUAUGAUCCGGCUAUGUCCUGGCAACAGUUCAUAACUUGGUUUCUGUUUAUGGCACUAGUUUUCCUAAUUGGAUUAGUGAUGUUUGUGAUGUCAAUUCGACAACUUUUGAGGAUCUACAGUUACGUGGUAAACAUUGUAGUGCUGGGUUUGUCAUACUGGUGGAAUCAUAGCUUCAUUAUUGAGGUGCAAGAUGAGGAUGAUGUUGUAGAAGAGGACAGAAUGACCUUCCCACGAAGAGAUGUGGUCUACAAACAUUUUUUUGCCCAGUUCUUUCUAGCUUGGUUAUUUUAUAUGGCAUGGGAUAUACGUAGAUCUUCAGACGGCCUUAGUAACUUUACAAAGAGUGCCAUGCAGGCAGCUGUACAUCUGUCUUUCAUAUCUCCCAUUGUUGUAGAUGGGCUGUUGAAUAUUGGUUUCUACCGAGGCUGGAGUCCAGCUAUAGCUAUUGUUUACCCAGUGAUGCAUAUUUCACAUGAUAUCCUGGAUUCUUUAUCUAAUGUGUACUUUUCAUGUAAGAGGAUGUAUAAUAUUGUGAGAGUGACAGUUAGUGCAAUAGGAAUUCAAGCUUUUAUUGAGGAUCAGUGGAUGAGACUGCAUGUUCCAAAAGUUCUAAGAAUUUUCUUUAUCACCAGAGUAUCCUAUCAGUUAACAGUCUACAUUAGUUCUAUUUAUUAUGACACACCUCCAAAAAUGCAUUUUGAAAAUGCUACUGAAGAAUACAAGCAUGAAAAUUUUACACUAAUUUUUCAAAAUUUAUUGGUCAGAAGUUGUGAGACUUUUGUAUCACUUCUGGGAACAACAAGUGUUGUUUCUUAUAUCGCUCAUUAUAUUGGUCUCAUUAUGGCGUUCUGUGUCGGGUCUGAUACUGAGGAAGAUAGAAACAUGGGGACAGUAUCGGCCAUUUUGUUUUUUUUGCUAGCACUACAGACUGGUUUAACAGGCCUUGAACCAGUAAAAAGAUUAGUGCGCUUGUACCGAAACUUUGCUCUUCUGUCAGCAGCUAUUUUGCAUUUUAUUCACAGUAUGGUUAAUCCAGUUUUGCUUGCUCUAAGUGCAUCCCACAGUACUGCUGUUAGGAAACAUUUACGUGUGCUCGCAAUGUGCGCUUUUCUUGUGAUAUAUCCAGUAUGCCUUGUGACGUAUCUAUGGCAACACCACAGCGCAAGUCCCUGGUUAUUGGCAGUGACAGCGUUUAGUAUUGAAGUGAUAAUUAAAGUGAUUGUUUCAUUAAUGGUGUAUACCUUAUUUAUGAUAGAUUCUUACAGAGAUUCAUUUUGGGAAAAAUUAGAUGAUUAUAUUUAUUAUAUUCAGUCAACCGGAAACACUAUAGAGUUUUUAUUUGGAAUAUUUAUGUUUUGUAACGGUGGUUGGAUAAUGGUAUUUGAGUCUGGAGGUGCUAUACGAGCAGUGAUGAUGUGUGUACAUGCUUACCUCAAUAUAUUCGUGCAAGCUAAGGAAGGCUGGAAAGUGUUCAUGAAACGACGGACAGCAGUGAAUAAAAUUAAUUCGUUGCGAGAAGCUACUAAAGAGGAACUUGAAGCAUUUAAUGAUGUGUGUGCUAUAUGUUAUCAAGAAUUAAAAACAGCGCGUGUAACGCGAUGUAAUCAUUACUACCACAGUGUGUGUUUACGUAAGUGGCUUUAUGUUCAAGACAAUUGCCCACUCUGUCAUGAGGUAUUGUACAAACCACCAGGUGAUCAGAACGGCACGGCAAACACAAGUUCACGGAACAUGGAUGAGGCAAACCAGAAUGAUAUAGGAAAUGCUAAUAGAGAACAAGAGGAUUUGUAAAUUCUGUGAUAUUUUGUACACCUGUAAACAGCCUGUUACUUAAAUAUUCAUUUGAUGAAUUUCAUGAGUAUUAAACUAUUUAUUUUUUGUAGAAAAACGGAUCACUUACAGAUUGAGAUAUUGUACUAAUUAAAUUUUUCUUCAGUGUUAGCAAUCCAAGUAUUGUAAAAAAAAAUUUAGAUAUCAUUUAUUUCAUAUAGCCUGAAUUGAAUUUGAAGCCAAUUUGCAGCAGUAUUAAAUUUCUGUGAGAGUUCCUGAAACUAGAAAUAAGAUGCUUUCAGCUACCGGUAUAUCAUUUUAUAUUUGUAAAGCUUUUUUAUAAUAUGUUUUUGUGCAAUGAAGUUUUUGUAAGAAGCUCAUAUUAGAAUGGUAAUGAUUUGUCGCUUGACAAACUAUGACAAAAGGUUGAAUAUUUAUUGAAGUAAUACUGACGUGUGCAGACUUUGGCUUUCAGUUAUCUCUACAUUGUAUUUUGAUGUAGAUGUGAUUGGAAGUCAAGUUCUGCUGUAUAAAUGUAAUACUGUAUAGCUGCUGAAACAAUGUAUCAUACACAGGUUACAUAACGCCUUCAUUGUACUUUAUACUUAACAGUCAUGAGUGACCCACCUUUUUUCUCAAAAUAAAUCUAUUGUACCUAUUUUUAAAGUUGAACAUCCUCAAAUGAUAAGAUAACCCAAACUCUUUUGCCUUGCUGGAGAUAUUAAUGGAAUUAUCAUUAGUUUGAAGUGUUUUUGAAUAUCUACGGUAAUUCUAGCUUUAACUAAAAUAGUAUGCAACAUCUGUUAUAAACUUAUUAUUGCAAUAUUAAAUUUUUAGUGGUGCUCAUACAAUUUUUGUCGAGCCCGCUUGUGGAAGCGCAGACAUAGUUGUCCAAAUGGCUGUUUGGUGUAUGUGCGUGUGUGCGUCUUGCCGUGCGUGCGUGCAUCCGGAUUUGUUUGUCCGACCAUAACUUUGACAUGCAUUGAGCAAUCUUGUCUAUAUUUGGCAUGAAUGUUAACCUCAGUGAGACGGAGUGUCAUGCGCAAAUCACAGGUUCCUAUCUCAAAGGUCAAGGUCACAGUUGGAGGUCAAAGGUCAUGUCAGAUCUUGUCCGGCCCAUAACUUUGACAUGCAUUGAGGAAUCUUGUUUAUAUUUGGCAUGAAUGUUUAACUCAAUGAGACGGACUCUCUGUCAAAGGUCAAGGUCACAGUUAUGGGUCAAAGGGUGGCCUCGACACUUUGCCCGUGGGCAUCUAGUUUCUGUGGAGGUAACAGUACAUAUUUUCCCCAUUCUCAUAAGUGCAGUUGAAUUUGUUGCCAUUAUCUAUUACAGCGCUUUACAGUAAAACAUGUCUAGAGCUAGGAAUUUAAAUUCAGUGAGUUGGGGGUGUCUUAAAAUGGCAGAUAACAGAAAAAUUAAAAGAAAAUAUUCUAAAAGUAAAUAUAUUCAUUCAUACAUUCAUUCUUUCUUUCAAAUCAUUACAAUUUUUUUUAUUGCUGUUUAUAUUAAUUGUUCACAUUUCUUCUUUACUUUUCACAUGUCAGUGAUAUAAUGUUUUUCAUGAAGACACCUUCAAGGAAGAAUUGGUAUAUUAUUAAGCCUCCAGGGUUUUUUUUUUCGGCCGUUUUUAUAGCCGUUAUUCGGCUAUAUUCCCAAUGCCAAAAACUAUGUAUUUUUCCCAAAAUGACUGCAAAAAUUCCCAACCUACAUUCUGAAAAACAAUUUCAUCAAAAUUGCACAAACAUUGACCAAAUUAUGGACAAUUUUGUAAUGGAAGUAUGUUAAAGAGGUUGUACAAUGUGAAACAAGUGUAUGAGAAAGUGCUUAAACACAUCCUUACUAUAUGCUAUGGGACUAAAUAUUUCCCAGUACGCGUCAAAAUUCCCAAUUUUGAGGAUAUAGGCUAUGUUCCCAAAUCAGUUAGAAAAAACUCUGGGCCCUCUGCCUGUAGACAAUUUGGUUUCCAGUCAAUAACUAGAGAACCUUUUCUGAUCUGUAUUGAUCAAACUUUAGGAUGAUUGCAUGUAGUCAUCUUGUGAACCCUAGUAUUUUUGGGGACAGUAUGUAGAGGUCAAGGUCACAGUGACUUUGGGACUAAUCAAUACUUGGAGACACCUGUUCUAAAAUUGUUCAGGGAGGGAAGUAGCAGCUUGUUGAAUUUAGGCGAUGCAUUUCAUCAUUCAAAUUUUCUCAUAGGAAAUCGCUAUAUAGAUUAAUUAAUGACAAACCAUGUUAUGAUAUAGGUGAAUCCGACAGUAGGCAGUAGAUUUUGUAACCCAGACCAUUACCCAUUAAACAGUAUUUCAUUUUUAUGCCCCCACUUUGGGUGGGGGGGCAUAUAGAUUUGCUCUUGUCCGUCCGUCCUUCCAUCCGUCUGUCCGUCCUUCCGAGAAUGUUGUCACGCCUAGCUCCAAAAGUAUUUGACAUAGAGCCACAAAACUUUACAGGAAUAUUGGUCAGCAUGUGUAGUUGUGCACCUGGGGUUUUGCGUCCGGAUUCAUUCAGUCAUGUAGAAGUUAUGGCCCCUGACUUUGUAAAAAUUGGUCAUUUUAGCGUUGUGUCGCGCCUAGCUCCAAAAAUAUAUGACAUAGAGUCACAAAACUUUACAGGAAUGUUGGUCAGCAUGUGUAGUUGUGCGCCUGGGGUUUCGUGUCCGGAUUCAUCCAGUCAUGUAGGAGUUGUGGCCCCUGACUUAGUAAAAAAUUGGUCAUUUUAAUGUUGUGUCGCGCGUAGCUCCAAAAGUAUUUGACAUAGAGUCACCAAAGUUUACAGGAAUGUUGGUCAGCAUGUGCAGUUGUGCACCUGGGGUUUGCGUCCGGAUUCAUUCAGUCGUGUAGGAGUUAUGGCCCCUGACUUAGUUAAAAAUUGGUCAUUUUAAUGUUGUGUUGCGCGUAGCUCCAAAAGUAUUUGACCUAGAGUCACCAAUGUUUACAGGAAUGUUGGUCAGCAUGUUCAGUUGUGCACCUGGGGUUUCAUGUCCGGAUUCAUUCAGUAUUGUAGGAGUUAUGGCCCCUGACCUGGGAAAAAAUUGUCAUUUUAAUGUCAUGUAGUGGGGGCAUCUGUGUCCCAUGGACACAUUUCUAGUUAGGAAAUGUAAGUGGAAAAGAAAAACAGUGUAUGAUUUAGAUAAAAAUAAUUGUCUUUUUUAUUAUUUCAUUUGUAAUCUUGAGAUUGAUCAAGUUUACAAAGUUUAUUAGUUUAUUUACAGUGUUUCAAUUAUAGCUUACAUUUGAAAUAUAAAUGUGUGUGGUUUUACAGCAGUCUUGAACGAUAUAGUGUGAAGAGAGGAAAAAUAUAUCGAAAUAUUCUUUUUAUUUCAUGUUUUGAAUGAAUUUAUACAUUUUAUGGUCUCUUACCAGUGAAAAAUAUAUAUGACAUUAAAACAUUUUCAGUGUGAAAAUAUCAGAUAUAUUUCAUUCCAAUAUCUAGAUAAUUUGCUGAAAAAGAUUUGUUUUUAUUAUUCGAGAUUUGGUAUACUUCAAGGAUUUGUGAACUAUAAUUUCAUGUAGAAGGAAGAUGUUACGAUAUAGAGUUCAGAGUUACAUGCUGUACUCCUACCUGAAAGGUUGCAAGUUCAAAUCUUGCAGAAGGCCGAACUUUACCUGCAGUCUCCUGAUUUCCUGUUGCUGUAAUAAUCUUUGUCAUAAAUCAAGUAAGCAGUCCUCAGCAGUUGUAAACAUACAUCAUGAUAAAAACACUUUUAAUAGUAUAAAUUUUGCCAAACAGUAA